AUGGCAUCCAAAUCGGGCGGGGACCAGUCGGUCCUCGAUACCAACCCCCACCUAGCACAUUAUGUGUUCAAAAUGUUGGUCACCAGUCUUGCUACCCGUAACGCGAGUGGCCAACACCCUCUGAGCGUUUCGUCUUCAGGCGAAUCCGAUUCCGACGACGAUGAUCACCACCACACCGACGGCCACUCGGAGCACAACGAGACCGCGAGCUCAGCCGAUGAGGAUGGCCAACCCAAGGCACCCCGGUCCAACACCAGCUCGAACGGCAACCGCACAGCGGGUCCGACUCGUGAGGAGAAAGAAGACAUCGUCCGCAAGAUUAUCGAGCUCCUCGACAACGAGCAGGAGGAAGACGUGAAGGACCUGUUGCGUAGUCCUAUGGGAGACCUCGGAAAGACUGACCUCAGGACGACACGAUUAUGGACCAGGUCUGCCUCGACUGCAUGCACCGUCACAGAGGUGCGUUUGUUGUUCUUGAACGAUGCCGAGCUGAUAUCAGAUGACCUGAGUGGUGUACCUUAUCAGGCAGGGGCUUUCACACCCACCCGUAUCCGCCGGCCUUACACGCCCACUGGUGUAGGCACACUCCGUGUUCGCACCCCUCUCGCACGUCCACACUCCCCUGCGGGCUCAGGAGCAGCAACUCCGACCUCGUCGCAUGGUCCAUCGGCUUUGGGUCGCGUCGACUCGUCUAGCAGCGCUCCUGUGUCCCCGUCAACCUCUCCCCGUCAGGCUCUCAACGUGAAGGCGGCGACGUUUAACCCGACUGGCGGCCCGGCGACCCGCAACCUGAGCAAUGCUACGAUUGGGUUCACCCCCAGUGCCGACCCGUGGCGCGAUGCGGAGCCUACCUCGAGGUCCGCGAGCCCGUACGCCUUCGGUGCUGGUCAAAGCAUGGUACGCACCGGGUCGGGUCGUAUCAUGGCAGCUCCGAUCAUUAGCGACCCCUCGAGUCCCUUCCACUCUCCGCUGGGCACCCCGACUCGCACGCACGCCAAGCUGGCUGGUGACAUGUUCGCUUCGCCUGCAAUGACGGCUCGCCCGGCCAGCCGGGGUGUAGUUCCCGACGAGGAAGACGACGAGGAGUUCUCUCCGUUCGGCUCCGGUCUCCCCAAACUGCACCACCAGAACGAUUCGGGCCUCAACUCGCACGCCAAGCCAUUCGAGCCAACGUUUGGUGGUGCCAACCACGAUUUCCACCCUACAGGAAGUCCGCUGGCUACACCUUACGGCUCGCAGGCGUCUACGUCGUACGAGUCGAAGUCUUCGGCAGAUGCGGAGGACGACCCUAACGCUCCCCCGUCAGGCAUGACGCCUCUGGAUGUCUUGUCGUCUGUGUUCUCGACCGUUCCUCGUGUGCAGCUCGAGGACGCACUGCACCGUGCAGGUUACGACUUUGAGGCAGCAAUGGCCAUGCUCGUGGCGCAGUAUGCUCACCCACGCUCAGGUGCCUCGACGCCACAGCGCAUCAACUCGCCGCGACCUCUGAUUGGUAUUGAUGGGCGAGGUGGGCCUCAGCAUGCUCCUGGUCCCGGAUACUUCCAACAGGGAGGCCGUGGCUUGGGCGGCAAUGUGAACUCGGGCAUGGGAGGACCCCGUAACACUGGCCCGACCCGGAUGUGUCGGUACUUCCUUAACGGAGAAUGCCGUCGUUCGGACUGCAGGUUCAGUCACGAUCUGGACCGUGCGCUGUGUCGCUUCUGGUUGCGGGGCCACUGCGCCAAAGGCCUGAGCUGCGAGUUCAUGCACAACCUUCCGAACAACAUGGAUCCGAACCAGCUGAACUCGUCCAUGGGCCGCAUGAACCUUGACUCGCCCGGCGGUUCGAUCCCCGGAACGCCUCCGAUCCAAGGUCAUUACGGUGCCAACCACGGCGGUGGCGGCGGCGACGACUUCCCAGACCUGCUUGCCGCGCGCUUGAACCGUCACGUUGGACGCUUCGAUCCUGCCCGCAACCGCUUUGCCAAUGCGGUGAAGCGCCCGGCCCCCGCCCCGCCACCUGCUGGCGUCAUCCAUGUCACUGGUGCCCAGCCUCGCAUGGUGUCUGCCCAAGGUCAAGGUCCGCUUGGCGGGGACAGGACCCCCAACAACGCGCCGGCGUCAGUGCCCGUCGUGCCGCGCCCCUCGAACCGUCGUCGAUCCGCCUCGGUCACGCCCGCAACGCAUGCUUGGCCCGCGCGGCGCUUGGCCCGCGCGGCGGACGCGUUCCGUCGCGGCGAUGGCGCCGCUGCAAAACGCUUCUCGCGCGAGGGCAAGGCUCUCAACGAGAAGAUGCUGCACGAGGCGGCCGAGGCGGCCAAUGCCUUGGUCAAGGACCGCAUGCACGACGCGCAGCGUGCGGUGCGUAAGCGGGACCCGUCGUGGUCGGAUGACCCGCGUGACCGCACCGAGCGGGGCAAGGAGUGCGGCUCGGGCCUCGGUGUCGUCCUCGGUGUGGCUUCGGCCGGCAAGGUGCCGGGUGGUGAUCGCCGGGUGGGCGCCGAGCUCGCGAGCCACUUCCUUGCCGAGCUCGAGCGCGAGCACUACCGGGGUCUCGCGUACAUCGUCGUCGGCGAGGAAAAGCACGUGGGUCAGCAGGACCCGGCCCGCGGCGCGAGCAAGGUGCGCCUCGCGAACAGCGUCAAGCAGUUCCUCGCCGAGUGGGGCUACGCAUGGAGCGAGAACGCGGGUGUGUUAUGUGUCGACCCGUGCCGAUAG